UAAAGAAUUGUAAAGAGCAGUAAAUUGUGAAGAAGAAGAAAGCACAAUUUGUGGUCGCCAAAGGCAGCGCAGUUAAGCUAUUAACAGUACCGGUACUUCCGUAUAUUUCAUUUCCCGUUGUUGUCAUACAUAAUUAUUCCCGAUCCUGUUCGACUUAAACUUUAUUAAAAAUGUCGGCAAUCGUACUAUACAUUACUUCAGUGAAUCCCAGCCAGGAGACCAAGAAAAACCAUCAGAAGAUUAAAAUGAUCUUAGAUAGAAAGAAGAUUAAGUGUGAGGAUAUAGACAUUGCACAGUCGACGGACGCUAAGCAGAAGAUGAGGGAUAUAGUUGGUGAUCCAAAAGCCCUUCCACCUCAGAUCUGUAAUGGAGAAACCUAUUGUGGGGACUAUGCUGCUUUUGAUAAUGCUGUUGAAGCAGAGGACAUCGAAAGUUUCCUGAAACUGAAGUGAUUCCCAAACUACCUUCCUUAAACUACAUUUGGCCCUCUUCAUAAUUGACUAGGUCAUGAAAGAAACAACAAAUAAUAGUGCAAGUUUUAUCUUUUGGAAUUUUUCUAUCUUGUUUUAUAUUUGCUAGUUGAGGUGGUGAGUGAUUGCUUUGGUUUGUUGGGGUUUUUGUUGUUGGAAGUAUAGAGAUGUUAGUUAUUAAGGUCUAGUUGCCAUUUUUUUAUUCUUCAUUCAAUCUAAGCAAAAUGUGAUAUGGGGUGUAUCGCAUAGGACAUUUUGCAGACAUGCAUUUCAGUAAUCAACGCGACAAAUUCAGUUAGCUCAUAAGCUAUUAAAAUAAUAUACCAAACCCUACUAUGAUAUCUUUCAGAGUGAGUCAGUUGAACUGCCUAAUGGUCAAACUUUUGUUUAAUUUGCUGUAUGCCCAGGGAUAUGUGAGUUUAACUCACAUAUCCCUGGUAUGCCAAUGUACCUACAAUGUCUUCAAUUAAUGUUCUAAUGUGGCUCGUGUUCUUUUAUUAUAUUCAUAAAAAAUAUGAAGUAUAAGAGGGCCGUCGCUGCUCAAUAAUUAGGGACUUUUAGGUUCGCACGAAGACAAUAGGUCUAUGCUACGAUCGACGUCCUUUUAAAGCACUGCCGUGAAUGGAAGUACCACGUAUCAGUCCACGCAAAUCUAAAAGUCCCUAAUACCCUUGUGUGUUUUUACGAGCCAUGCAGGAAUGCAUUCAAAUUCCAGGCAAUAGUCACGUCGUCUCUUUGGAGCCAGAAUAGCUUUAAUUCAUAUACUUUAACACAGAGUCAACGUCCCUCUGGCUCCGAACAUACAAUAGAUGGAGUCUCGUUAUAGAAAGGAAUGUAAGGGUAUGGAUGCAUGUCGAUCUACACACACACAUAUGAAAUGCAUGCAUACAAUAGUUCAUAAAUAGUCCUAAAAUUUCCUAGAGUUUAACCAUUGCACCUUUUGAAAAACAAAACUUAUAAUAAUUUUAUAUUGAAAUGUAUUGAUAUAUCCUGCUUAGAUUUAGACUAAUUUGGUUCAUUUUGUAUGAUGGGAUGUUGGGGUUGUAUUAAUUUUCUAAGAAAUGAACGUUUAAAUGAUGUUGGUACACAAGUAUUACUGUAAAUUCUUCAUUCAAAAACAUGGUACAUCCUGUUUUAUACGCAAUCAACAGUAUCUUAUUAUGUGCUCUAAGCAUUCCAGUACUCUUAAUGCACCUCAAGUUACAAGCAGUAUGCAAACUGAAGUUGGUAAUGGUAAUAAGCUGUUCACACUUCACACAUGAUGAUAGCGAGUAUACAAGAGGACCAACAUGGCAUUACAAGUUUAUCAGUUGUAUCUCAAUAGUCCUUUUAACUAAUUAGUUCAGUUAUAUGGACUUUUCUUCCAAGGACCCGUGAUGACACGUAAUUUCUUUCGCUUAAUGGUUUUUAAUUUGUGAUAUCAUCUGUAAUCUUGAAUCUACCUUGCAUUCAUCAUAUUGUUUACUUGAAGCCAGUAGGAGGCCUUUACUCAUAUAUGGAUUUGCAGAGUGAAUGCCCUUCUGGCUUCAAAGAGACAGUAUAGUGAAAUGUCAGGAAACUCUCUGGCAAAGAUUACUUGUCAUUAAGAGCAAUUUACAACAAAGAAAUAUGCAUACAAAUUAAAUACAUCGGCUAAUUGCCACUGGUGUUUUGAGAACAUUUUGUCCUUCUAGUACACCAAAACAAUUGAUCAAUUGAUAUUACAAAAGUUUAUAUGUUGAAUCGGUUACUUCCGGGAUUAUAAAUCAAGAGAUUUCUCAUAGAUUGGCCUUUGUCCUUUACGAACAAUUCAUAAAGUGUGUUUUGGGGGGUCCUAUGUAACAUUCCAGUAUUUGUAAACUGUGUAUUGUUUUCUAUUUUAUUCCUUAUUUCCUUAUGUUUUUGUUCUUUGCUGAUACCAUGAAGGCGCUUGCUAAUUCAAAGAUUAUGUUCCAUUUGUGCAGAUUUAUAUAGUUAUAUGGAUUGUCUUUGUGUUUUUCUUUGCUUUUCUUACUUAUUCCUGUUACUUUUACAUAUGUAAAAUGAGCACAGUUUCGAGGAAAAAAAUCACAGUAAUAUACAACCAAAAAAUAUUUUGUGCGAGAGUAUAUUCAUUUGCAGUGUAAUUGUAAUAUAUAUGGAAUAUUUGGAAGGAAUUAGAUGCCUUUACCGAUAGAAAGUAUGCGCAGCUCAGCUGGAGAUACAGGAAAUAUUUUUAUUUCAAAAUGCAUCUUCAUAGAGAAAUUCUUACUAGGUGGUGCUUUGAUAUUUUGUGUCGUUUUAUUAUUAUUGAUGAUUGUGUACAAUUCAUUUUAUGAUGCGACUUUUCCAAGUUUUUGUUAAAAUGUAUUAAAUACGGUUAUUUCAAUUGCGUCUUGAAAUAUGUUCCUAGUUGACCUACAUUAAUAUGUCAACAGCAGAUAUAAUAGUAAAAAUAUAAUAAAUGAUUUACUUAUGACAAAUAUUACAGACAAAAUUGUUACAUUGAUCAUAAAUCUUGAAGUGCUCUUUCGCAUCACACAAUUAAAAGAGAAGAAUAUCUUGGCUGUACCACGUA